CAGUGCCGCAUGCCGGCGACCGCGCGAGUGCGAGAACGGAUUUCAGUAAAGAAACAAAGCAAAUGUUCGAACCACAUGGUUAGUGGUGUGAGUUGUAUGACUGAUAUUUUGCGGUAUCAUAUCAACAACUGAGCUACGUCACGCGACGUCAGACCAUGGACGGCACUUGGACGUUCUCGCAUCGUCCCACCCACAUCAGCCACUCACAGGCAGUUUACUGGUAGAGUCGGCGCGGCCAACACGUGUCGAAAUCUUACCUGUGUUCGGAAUUGUGUACGAUAAUUACAGCUGACUGUAAUUUUGUUUGUAUAAAACAUUUUGUGCCUUGGAGACAUCACAGUGUAACUUUAUCUCCUCAACCGUUCCUAAGGAAACCUAAUGUUUUUGAUCUCAACCCCAAGAUGGGGUAAUUUAUAAGACAAUAAGUAAUUUAGAAUAUUGUGUUUAGUGAAGUGAAAAAUAUAGUUGAACGAGAGACUGACAAAUCAGCAGCCAUGUAUUCUAUGAACUAUAUUGGCAAGUUCAUUGCGAACUUUCGCGAUUUUUACAAUGAGAUCAAUGGUGCGACUCUGACGGGCGCCAUCGACGUGGUGGUAGUCGAGCAGCCCGAUGGCAGCUUCACGUGCUCGCCCUUCCAUGUCCGCUUUGGGAAGCUCGGCGUACUGCGCUCCAGAUUCAAAGUGGUUGAUCUCGAACUGAAUGGAGAGCCGUUGGACAUUCACAUGAAGCUCGGAGAGUCGGGCGAAGCAUUUUUUGUCGAGGAAGUUGGAGAAGAUGAGGCAGAGUGUUCAGCGCAUCUCGCCACCUCGCCCAUUCCGGCUGCCCGCUUCGAAGAUCUGUACGAACCUCGACGGAGAAACUCGCUCUCUGUGGUCGAGCCUGAUCAUGGACAGGCAUCUGAUUAUACUAAGAGAAGAUACACUGCCGACGGACAAUCUAUGCAGAAACCAGACUUAAGUAAGAUAACUAAAAAAACUACCAAAGAGGAUACCACUCAUGACGACACUGAUGCUCUAUUUGAAAUGGAUGGUCUCGACGAGGCGACUGACAAAGUUGAGGGGUUAGCGCCCAGAACCUUCGCGGCUACCCAGCUCGGCGGCGCAGAGAGCGAAGCGCACCAGGUGAUCCAGAAAAUCAGCGCUCACAACGACUUCAGGCCUAUCGAAGCCGUGCCAUCAAACCAGGACGACGUCAAACCAAACGGCGGUAACGGAAAGAAAAAGAAGAAAACAAGAAAAGCUAGCUCGAAAAAGCAUCAAAGAAAGUCCUCGACAAGUUCAAUUUCGAGUCAGUCGGACCGCGCGGGUUCUGAACAGCGCGCCACGCAGCCAGCACCCAUUCCCAACGUGACUGACAUCAACUUCUACAGCGACACCGAGGUGCAUGCCGCCACACUCAGUGAAGAGAUGUCCAACCUCAAGCUGAACGGCGACAACCGCAUCCCCCUGGCGUUGUCCGACACUGCGUUUGAGGUGCACGCCGCCUCCAGACACGCAGGCUCGCGUAGCGGCACGCCGGUGCAGUCCGACACGGAGGUGGAGCUGGGCGGGCGGCAGGGCGACAAGGCGUCGCAGUCGUGGCGCUGGGGCGAGCUGCCCGAGCCGCCCGUGCGCGCCGACCCCGCGGCCGCGGCCGCCUCGGCCGACUCGCCCGCGUCGCCCGCGUCCCCGGCCGAGCCGCUCAGCUCGGACGAGGAGCGGCCCAGCCGGCGCGGCGUGCUCAGCGGCAUGUUCCGCUUCAUGUCCCCGCGCGACGACGUGCCCGCCGAGGGCGUCUACCUAGACGAUCUGGACCGAGGCCAGGUCGACCCUGAUCUCUAUUUCCCGAAGCACCACGCAGACAGAUAUCGAUCUGGUGAGAUCAUUUGUGCGAGAAGUGGUUCUCACCCGAGCUCUGGCCCCACGGAAGAGGAGUACGAGUCUGGUAACGGCCCCUCGCUGCCACAGUCGCCAGCCUCGCUAGAACCACCCGCACUCGACUCCGAUGAUGAUGAGAAACUUCUUGCCAAGGGCCAGGUUGGCGUAUACGUGCAGGAGGCGGACGGGUCCCGGGAGCUGUCGUUCAUGGAGUUCUGCCUGCGCGCCGGCGCGCUGGCGGCGGAGGGCCGCCUCGUGGUGCGCGUGGGCGACCGCGCCAUGCCCUGGCGCUCCGCCGGCCCGCUGCUGCUGUCGCUGCUGGCGUACCGCCGCCCGCUGCCCUCUCUGGUAUUAGAAUCUCUAGAGAAGAACGAGAAGGACGAGUCUCAGUCGCGUCCGUCGGGUCCGUCGGACAGCACCGCCAAGCCGCGCGGCUACUCCUGGUGGAGCUGGCGGCGGUCCACUGCUGACUCCAAGCGCCCCGAAGCGUCCCCACCCAAAGAUGACAUGACAAAAGAAACAGUAGCCCAAAUUGAAGUGGCCUCAGAGCCUAAAACCGUGACCGUGCGGGAACUUCACGAGGAGAAGCAGAAUUCCGUCGAAGAAAAACCUGAGGAAGCGAGGGAAGUAGACAUCGUUGAAGACAUGAAGCCCAUGGAGUUUCUAGAGGACAGCCAACAACUACCACAGAUUGUCGAAAAUCAGGAUCAAGUAGAUCGACACGACCACAGCUCGUCCGACUCAGAUCAAGACGGACAAGUCAAGAGGCCUAAUCGCAGACAUUCUUCCUUCAGAAAAACUCUUCGGUUAUCUUCUGAACAAAUUAAAAACCUAAAUCUCCGCGAAGGUAUGAAUGAAAUGGUGUUCAGUGUGACCACGGCGUACCAGGGCACGACGCGGUGCAAAUGUAACGUCUUCCGGUGGAGAUAUGACGACAAAAUUGUCAUCUCAGAUAUCGACGGCACUAUCACCAAGUCUGAUGUUUUGGGCCACAUUUUCCCGUUGGUGGGCAAAGAUUGGGCGCAGGCUGGAGUGGCGCAGCUAUUUACUAAAAUCAAGAAUAAUGGAUACCAGUUAUUGUACCUGUCAGCAAGAGCUAUUGGACAAGCGAGAGUAACACGCGAGUACCUUCGCUCAAUCAGACAAGGUGAGCUUAGCUUGCCCGACGGGCCUCUACUACUGAACCCCACGUCGUUACUGCGCGCCUUCCACCGGGAAGUUAUUGAGAAGAAGCCUGAGGAGUUCAAGAUCCAGUGUCUCGCAGAUAUCAAGGCGCUGUUCCCGCAAGGCUCGAAUCCCUUCUAUGCGGGCUAUGGCAAUAGAGUCAAUGAUGUAUGCGCAUAUCAAGCAGUUGGCAUUCCGAUCGUGAGAAUUUUCACAAUCAAUUACAAGGGAGAACUAAAACACGAACUGACUCAGACAUUCCAAUCCACGUACCCCCACAUGUCGGUGCUGGUGGACCAGGUGUUCCCGCCGGCGCAGUGCGAGCCCAGCGACGAGUUCUCGCAGACCGUGUUCUGGAGGGAGCCGCUCCCCGACGUCGAACUGCCCCCCGCAUGCCCACCGCCACCCAAACAUCAUUAAUCACUUUACUACCCACUUUCUAUACACCUAUAUCUUAUCCAAAAACUAUCUCGCUUUUUUAUUACAUAAGAUUGAACUAUAGCAAUGUGCCUAAACUCUGCUUGGCUUAAUCUACAGUUAAAAUGGAAAGACACUUAAAACUAGGUUAUUAAUUAACUAGUUUCGAAAUACGUAGACAUAGCUGGAAUUAUAGUUUCAUUUGGGCUGCUUUAGAUUUAGGAUGUUUAGUUUCUUAUGUCGUUAGUUGAAAUAUAAUGAUAACUGAAUUGUAUGUAGUGAAUACCAAAAACAAUAUAAAAUGCUUAACUUGUAGUAUAUCGUGUGUGUUACGUAAGUUCGAUAGAUGUUCUGUGAUGUGUCUAGCGGAUUAUUUUCGUAAGUCUACUUUCUGCAGUAGCGUAUAUGUACUUUUGAUGAGGGUGAUUAAUAUUAUUUACAAUUUAUUCUCUGCGAAGACUGUGAAUGCAUGAUAGUAAAUGAUUUGCAGAUUUAGGUUACAAAGGAAUCAAGUUAAGUUUUGGUUUCGUCGAUUAUGUAAGCUGUGAUGUCGUCGACUGAUUACGAUGCUUUAUUUUUAUACUGUGAUUACCUAUUUGUACGUGCUAAGUUAUAUUUGUGUUAAAGCAAUACACAUUCGUAAAAUGCAGAGGCGUAGCUUCUGAUAGAUUUAUUAUAUUCUUUGUAAUCAAUACCUCUUUAAUGAUUUUGAAACAUUGAUUUAGUUAAUAUUAUGUCUAAUUAGAAUUUGGUAUAUUUUUUAAAAUAAUUUAUUGUUGUUUCUGUGAUUGUUUCAAUAAAUAUUUUCAGAAAUAACGAAA